CCUGUAUGGGUGGAGGUGGCGUUCACAUCUCUGCUCUUUCUAACUUUAACUCUGUCCACCAUGAUAAACACCUUUCACACCAGCUUCACUCCUCCGCCGGUGCCCCCACGGCAGGGGCACAGAGGAGCCAUGCCACCAACAAACACCCCAUUAGUGAAGUUCUUGUCUGUGAUGCUGCUUCUGCUAAUGAUACUGACCUUCGGAGGGUUCCUCUACCUGUUCCACAGACUCAGCGUGAUGCCGUACGGAUACAGUGACCUAUACUUCGCAAAACAGUGUGAGGAAAGCAGCCUAAGACCUGAGGAUAUGGAUUACUGCAAGAAAGUGGUAGAAAAUGCUUUCAAAGGAGGAAGAGUGGCUGCCUUAACUGGAAGAGGAUUCUCCACCACAUCACUAGCACGGCUGGUUCUUCCAUGGAAUACUCCAGUUACCACAACGGCAGACCAGCGGGAUACCCUGAUCUGGGACGAAGAACACUCUCUGGUGAAGGAGAUACGUCUUAACAGCAAAGGGAUCGUAACCAUCGAUUACCCUGGAUACUAUUUUGUCUAUUCUCAAGUCACUUUUUCCAAAGGACACAUGAAGGUCCCCCUGAGGCAAGUCAUAUGGACCCGGAAAUCAAAAAACGACGGGAAGGACAAAGAGGAUUGGGAAAAACUUCUUGUGUCCUACUGCAGUUUGCCCCAGAGCAGUUCAGUACCUGAUUUAUGCACUGCCUCACACACUGGUGUGUUCGAACUUGAGAAGAAUCAGCAGCUCUUUCUUAAUGUAACUGGUAGGGACUUGGUGAACGCAGAAUCCAGCACUUUUGGAUUGUUCAAACUACAGGACUAAGCACUCUUGAGGAGACUGAACUAGGACGAAGAGAUACUAACAGGAAAGAAACUGGAUACUAUCCAUAAAUGGAUUGGUUUUACAGAGUAUACAUGGAUAAUUACGCUCUGAUGCUGUAAUCUAAAUCUUUGUGAAGGAGGCUGAAAUUUCCCCAGCACAAAAAAAAUAAGUCUUCGUCUGACAUCACUCCCUAGUGCAAGCUCCAAGGAAGAUCUGAGACAUCCUUAAUUGUUGGAUCUUGCAGGGAAAAUGGAGAAAUAAUGGCAGUAAUUUUUUCCAUGUGAAAAAAAAACAAUUCUAAACAUGAGACUUAGCAUAAAUGUAUCCACGCUUAGAGGUUCUCCAUGUAUAUUAUGUUCCUAAAUAACUUAUUAAUGUUACAUAUUGUAAUACAACUGUGCCUAUAUUUAUUAAGGGAAACUCCAGCCAGAGUGAUGUAGGCUAGUCUAGUCUCAGAAGUCCUGUGUUAUUUCAAAUCAUGAAGAUUAAGCUGUCCUUGCCAAAGGAAGUGACACUACAUUUGAUGGAGGCCUGAUUUCCACUGAAAAAGGCUAAACUUAAAAAAAGACUAUGUUAACACUUGUCAAACAACAGACAAAGCCGAUUGCUGAAAUCAGGUUGUGUCACAGUAAACCUUCAUGAGAAAAAUACCACAGGUGGCAAAUCAGUAAUCUAAUAAAAGAUCUUUCUUUUGGAAUUUCCUUCUUUUGAAAAUCUGUAUUUAUGUUAUUUGUAUUAAAAAACUAUGCCAAAAUCA